UCUCCUUUGCAGCCUCUAGGAAGGUGUCUGAUCCAUGCUUAUGGAUGUGCACCUGCUCCUUAGCAAUAGCAUCCUUCCUCCUCCCUUCCAGAGCUAGAACGUUGUGAUCAGCAUCCUCUGGGACACGCCUGGUACAGGGGGGCAGCAUAGAACAGAAAGGAUCUCCCUCUCUGAGCCAGGAGGAACGCAGACACCCAGCCAGCUACACGGGGAGGACAGACACAAAUAGAACAAUAAACUAGCAUCCUGCUCGUGGGUCCCAUUCUGAUGGACGGAAAAUAGCCAAGGUUAUUCCUAGACCCUGUGGGAGGUUAUAUCGCGAUCACACAGCUUGGAGGAGAGACAAUAUUGUUCGUCUGCUUGGACUUCCAUUAUGAAAGGUGCUAAGCAGUGAAUUCAAAGUUGCAGGAUGAAAAGAUGGCACAGGCACGACUUGUACCACCAGGACCUGACAGCUUCCACUAUUUCACCAGGGAAUCUCUUGAGGCUAUCGAGCAACGCAUUGCAGAGGAAAAAGCUAAGAAACCCAAACAAGAACAGAGGGAUGACGACGAUGAUAAUGGCCCAAAACCGAGCAGUGACUUGGAAGCAGGCAAAAGUCUGCCAUUUAUAUAUGGCGACAUCCCACCAGGAAUGGUGUCAACACCAUUGGAGGACCUAGAUCCCUAUUACAUGAAUAAGAAAACUUUUAUAGUAUUGAACAGAGGGAAGGCAAUCUUCCGUUUCAGUGCCACAUCUGCCUUGUACAUUUUAACCCCUUUCAAUCCUGUUAGAAAAGUAGCUAUUAAGGUUUUGGUACAUUCAUUAUUCAGCAUGCUCAUUAUGUGCACUAUUUUGACCAAUUGCGUGUUCAUGACCAUGAGCAAUCCUCCCGAUUGGGCAAAGAAUGUAGAGUACACAUUCACUGGAAUUUACACAUUUGAAUCGCUAAUAAAAAUUCUUGCAAGAGGUUUUUGUUUAGAACACUUUACCUUCCUGCGAGACCCAUGGAACUGGCUCGAUUUUAGUGUAAUUGUUAUGGCGUAUGUAACAGAAUUUGUAAACCUAGGCAAUGUUUCAGCUCUUCGAACUUUCAGAGUAUUAAGAGCUUUGAAAACUAUUUCUGUAAUUCCAGGUCUCAAGACCAUUGUGGGGGCUCUGAUACAGUCGGUUAAGAAGCUUUCGGAUGUCAUGAUUCUUACAGUGUUCUGUCUGAGCGUAUUUGCACUUAUAGGGCUCCAACUUUUCAUGGGACAUUUAAGGAAUAAAUGUUUACUUUGGCCCCCUCUUAAUCCAACCUAUGAAAUUCAUAAUUCAUCUUACUUUAAUGGCACCAUGGAAACGAAUGGUACAUUUUUUAACUCAACAGUUAUCUCAGUUAAUUGGGACGAAUAUGUUGCAAAUGAAGAGCACAUGUACAAGUUGGAAGGUCAAAGAGACUUUUUGUUGUGUGGCAACUCUUCAGAUUCUGGUCAGUGUCCAGAAGGAUAUAUGUGCGUAAAAACUGGAAAAAAUCCAAAUUACGGUUAUACAAGUUUUGAUACAUUCAGCUGGGCAUUCUUAUCCCUCUUUCGGUUAAUGACACAAGAUUACUGGGAGAAUUUAUAUCAACUGACCCUGAGAGCUGCGGGCAAAACCUACAUGAUCUUUUUUGUUUUGGUGAUAUUCUUGGGCUCCUUCUAUUUGGUAAACUUGAUCCUGGCUGUGGUUGCUAUGGCAUAUGAGGAACAAAACCAGGCAACUUUAGAAGAAGCCGAGCAGAAAGAAGCCGAAUUUCAGCAGAUGCUCGAACAACUAAAGAAGCAACAGGAAGAAGCUCAGGCGGCAGCCGCUGCAGCUUUGAACUUAUCCAGAGAAUACAGUGAAGAAGGUGAGUUUGGUCCACUAUCAGAAAGCUCCUCGGAAGCUUCCAAACUGAGCUCAAAAAGUGCCAAAGACAGAAGGAACCGGAAAAAGAAAAAGAAACAAAAAGAAUUAGGAGAAGGCGAUGAAAAGGGAGAUGAUGAAAAAUUUCCUAAGUCUGAAUCAGAAACAAGCAUCAAAAGGAAAGGGUUCCGUUUCUCUAUCGAAGGAAACCGUCUGACAUAUGAAAACAAGUUUUCUUCUCCACACCAGUCUUUGCUCAGCAUUCGUGGAUCUCUCUUUUCCCCGAGGCGUAAUAGUAGAGCCAGCUUGUUUAGUUUUCGAAAUCGUGCAAAGGACAUGGGUUCAGAAAAUGACUUUGCAGAUGAUGAACACAGCACCUUUGAGGACAAUGAAAGCAGAAGGGGUUCAUUGUUUGUUCCGCACAGACACGGGGAACGACGGAACAGUAACAUUAGUCAAACCAGUAAGACAUCUAAGAUCCUACCUGUCCUUCCAGCAAAUGGGAUGAAGCACAGCACAGUGGAUUGCAAUGGAGUGGUCUCGCUGUUUGGUGGUCCGUCUGGUCCGACUUCGCCUGCUGGACUACUUCUGCCAGAGGGUACUACCACGGAGACAGAAGUUAGAAAAAGACGUCCAAGUUUUUUCCAGUUGUCGGCAGAUCUGUUGGAAGACCCAGCAACCACAAGACAGAGAGCACUAAGUGUCGCCAGUAUUUUGACGAACACAAUGGAAGAGCUCGAAGAAUCCAGACAGAAGUGCCCGCCAUGUUGGUAUAAAUUUGCAAACACCUUUUUAAUCUGGGACUGUAGCGACACGUGGUUGAGAAUAAAACAGGUUGUGAAAUUAAUUGUUAUGGACCCAUUUGUGGAUCUGGCAAUCACAAUCUGCAUCGUACUAAACACUUUGUUCAUGGCAAUGGAACACUACCCCAUGACCGAGGAAUUCUCCUACGUUCUCUCUGCUGGAAACCUGGUCUUUACGGGCAUCUUUACAGCGGAGAUGGUUUUUAAACUAAUUGCUCUGGACCCAUACUAUUAUUUUCAAGAAGGCUGGAAUAUUUUUGAUGGUAUUAUUGUAAGUCUAAGUUUGAUGGAAUUAGGCCUGGCUGAUGUUGAAGGUUUAUCAGUUUUGAGGUCAUUCAGAUUGCUUCGUGUUUUCAAGUUGGCUAAAUCAUGGCCUACUCUCAACAUGCUGAUAAAGAUCAUCGGCAACUCUGUGGGAGCCUUGGGGAACUUGACUUUGGUGUUGGCAAUCAUUGUUUUCAUUUUUGCCGUGGUUGGAAUGCAGUUAUUUGGGAAAAGCUACAAGGAAUGCGUCUGUAAAAUAGCUGAAGACUGCACGCUUCCUCGCUGGCAUAUGCACGACUUCUUCCAUUCAUUCCUUAUUGUGUUCCGAGUGCUCUGCGGAGAAUGGAUAGAGACCAUGUGGGACUGUAUGGAGGUUGCAGGACAAUCUAUGUGCCUCCUUGUGUUCAUGCUAGUAAUGGUCAUUGGAAACCUGGUGGUUUUGAAUUUGUUCCUGGCCUUGUUGCUCAGCUCAUUUAGUUCAGACAAUCUCACUGCUACAGACGAUGACAAUGAAAUGAACAAUCUUCAAAUUGCUGUGGGAAGGAUACAAAAAGGAAUAGAUUUUGUUAAAAUAACAGUAGGUGAAUGCUGUCAAAAUGCCUUUACUCGGAAACAAAAAGGUCUAGAUGAAAUCAAACCGCUUGAAGAGCUGCACAACAGAAAAGAAAGCUGUCUUUUUAACCACAAUGCAGUGGAUAUACAUAAGGACCUCGAUUAUCACAAAGGUGGGAAUGGUACAACCAGUGGCGUAGGCAGCAGUGUCGAAAAAUACAUUAUCGAUGAGAAUGAUUACAUGUCAUUCAUACAUAACCCAAGCCUCACUGUAACUGUGCCUAUUGCUGUUGGGGAAUCUGAUUUCGAAAAUCUAAACACAGAAGAUUUUAGCAGUGAAUCCGACUUGGAGGAAAGCAAAGAGAAAAUUAACAUGACCAGCUCGUCUGAAGGGAGCACCGUAGACAUCAGACCUCCAGGAUUAGCAGCAGAAGGAGAGGGGGAAAUCAUAGAAGUCGACCCUAGCGAGGAGGCUCUCGAGCCAGAUGCCUGUUUCACAGAAGGUUGUGUAAAGAGCUUCCCAAUUUGCUAUGUCAACAUUGAUGAAAACAAAGGAAAAUUAUGGUGGACCUUCAGGAAGACCUGCUACACAAUUGUCGAGCACAACUGGUUUGAAACAUUUAUAAUCUUUAUGAUUCUUCUGAGUAGUGGAGCUUUGGCAUUUGAAGACAUCUACAUUGAGCAAAGAAAAACCAUAAAGACCAUGUUAGAAUAUGCUGAUAAAGUUUUUACCUACAUCUUUAUCCUGGAAAUGCUUCUGAAAUGGGUGGCUUAUGGAUUUGUGAAAUAUUUCACCAAUGCCUGGUGUUGGCUGGACUUCUUGAUUGUUGAUGUAUCUCUCGUUAGCUUAGUAGCUAAUGCCUUGGGAUAUUCAGAAUUAGGGGCUAUAAAGUCCCUUAGAACACUGAGGGCAUUGAGACCACUGAGGGCCCUCUCACGGUUUGAAGGGAUGAGGGUGGUUGUGAAUGCCCUAAUUGGAGCCAUUCCAUCUAUCAUGAACGUGCUUCUCGUUUGCCUUAUAUUUUGGCUAAUUUUCAGCAUAAUGGGAGUAAACCUGUUUGCUGGAAAAUAUUAUCACUGCGUAAACACUACAUCUGGUGAAAUUCUGCCUCUAAGCAUAGUGAACAACAAAACAGAUUGCGAGCGGCUGAUGAAAGCAAAUUUAUCGGCCCGUUGGAAGAACGUCAAAGUUAAUUUCGAUAAUGUUGGAGCUGGGUAUCUUGCGUUGCUACAAGUGGCUACAUUUAAAGGUUGGAUGGACAUUAUGUAUGCAGCAGUUGAUUCUCGAAAGUUAGAAGAGCAGCCCCAGUAUGAGGACAACCUCUACAUGUACUUAUAUUUUGUCAUCUUCAUUAUAUUCGGCUCCUUUUUUACAUUAAACCUCUUCAUUGGUGUCAUUAUUGAUAAUUUCAACCAGCAGAAAAAGAAGUUUGGAGGUCAAGACAUCUUUAUGACAGAGGAACAGAAAAAAUACUACAACGCAAUGAAAAAACUUGGGUCUAAAAAACCACAAAAACCAAUUCCAAGACCACCAAACAAAUAUCAAGGCAUAGUUUUUGACUUUGUGACAAAACAAGCUUUUGACAUCACUAUCAUGAUCCUAAUCUGCCUUAACAUGGUAACCAUGAUGAUUGAAACUGAUGAGCAAAGCGACGAGAUGGAAAACAACCUGUACUGGAUAAACUUGGUAUUCAUUAUUCUUUUCACUGGUGAAUUUCUUCUAAAACUGAUUUCGCUCCGCCACUACUACUUCACCAUUGGCUGGAACAUAUUUGACUUUGUGGUUGUAAUUCUCUCUAUUGUGGGUAUGUUUCUUGCGGAUAUGAUUGAAAAUUAUUUUGUUUCACCAACAUUAUUCAGAGUUAUAAGACUUGCUAGGAUUGGUCGUAUCCUGCGUCUGAUUAAAGGAGCAAAGGGGAUUCGUACAUUGCUAUUUGCCUUGAUGAUGUCACUCCCAGCUUUGUUCAACAUUGGCCUCCUGCUCUUCUUGGUGAUGUUCAUUUAUGCCAUAUUUGGAAUGUCUAACUUCGCCUAUGUUAAGAAGGAAGCUGGAAUUGAUGAUAUGUUCAACUUUGAGACGUUUGGAAAUAGUAUGAUCUGUUUGUUCCAGAUUACAACAUCUGCUGGGUGGGAUGGUUUAUUGGCACCAAUUCUCAAUAGUGGGGCGCCAGACUGUGAUCCAUACUUAGAUAACCCGGGGAGCUCUGUAAAAGGAGAUUGUGGUAAUCCAUCAGUCGGGAUUUUCUUUUUUGUUAGUUAUAUUAUAAUAUCUUUCCUGGUCGUGGUAAACAUGUAUAUUGCAGUUAUUUUAGAAAACUUCAGUGUUGCUACUGAAGAAAGUGCAGAACCAUUGGGAGAGGAUGACUUUGAAAUGUUCUACGAGGUUUGGGAAAAGUUUGACCCAGACGCAACCCAGUUUAUAGAGUACAGCAAGUUAUCUGAUUUUGCUGAUGCACUUGAUCCACCCCUUCGUAUAGCAAAACCAAACAAAGUCCAGCUUAUUGCGAUGGAUCUCCCUAUGGUAAGUGGUGACAGAAUUCACUGCCUUGACAUCCUAUUCGCAUUUACAAAGCGUGUUUUGGGUGAAGGUGAUGAAAUGGAUGCUCUGCGGCAGCCAAUGGAAGAACGGUUUAUGGCAUCCAACCCUUCCAAAGUCUCCUAUGAGCCGAUUACUUCCACUUUACGGCGAAAGCAAGAGGAAUUAUCUGCCCUUAUUAUUCAGCGUUGUUUCAGAAACUAUCUUUUAAGAAAAACAAUUAAAAAAGCCUCAUAUUUAUAUAGGAAAGAGAAACUAAAAGAAGUAAAUAGCUUGCCUAUAAAAGAAGACAUGGGUAUUGACAAGCUUAAUGGAAACUCAACCACAGAGAAGACAGACAUGACUCCUUCAACGACUUCACCUCCAUCUUAUGAUAGUGUAACAAAGCCUGAAAAAGAGAAACAUGAAAAGGACAAAGCGGAAAAAGAGGACAAAAGCAAAGAUGCCAGGGAGAACAAAAAAUAAAACUGCACAUUUUCAUUUGUGUGAUAAAUUGUUUACAACCUGUGAAGAUGACCCGUUUGUGUCAACAGGACUCCUCUAGGAGAUCUAUGCCAAACUGACAGUUCUUGCAUAUGUGUACUCAAGGUCAGUGCCUAUAAUAAGACAGUGACCUCUUGUCAAGUGAUGGUAUAACAACCUUGACUGGUGGUUACUGUUUUCAUAAUCAGUUGACACUUCUUAACCAGAGAGCCAUAAUGGCUUCUCAGUUUGUUGGGACCAGUCAAGGAAUGCAAACCUAUAAUGUUUGUGUGUUUCACAUAAAACACUGUAGUACAAUAAUUGUGUCCACUGUUUGCAUUUCAACCACCAUAUGUUUACAAAAAAUGUGUUAGUGGAAUAACCAUUUUUAUUUCAUUUGUAGGUUGUUUAUUUAUAUAUAUGUGACUAUUUUUGUAAAUGGGUUUUACAGUAUGUUGGGGAUGUAGUACAAAUUUUGAAAGGAAAUAUUAAAAGUCAAAGAAAUACAGAGACGACCACACACUGUAUAUGCGACGAUGUAAAUUACAUCAGUUCAUUCAGCCAAUGUCACUUGCCGGAAGCAAAGAGUCACAUCCAACCUAGUUUAAGGUUAUAAAUCUGUGUGUGCGUGAUGAAAAAAAAAAAUGUCUCUGCAUCAUCAUUCCCUUCAGCAACCCUUAAUUUCAGUCACUAAAAGAAAAUAUUCACAUGAUCAACAUGCCACUAAUAGCAACAGAUUGGAUGGUGUGCUUACAUCCAUUUUUUUUUAGUUUGUUUGUUUGUUUGUUUUGUUACUGUUAAAUGACUGGGGAAUGGGAAAGCACUAGGUCACAUAUGUUUGUCCAGUAUGCCAAGUUGCUAUUAUAAUGAAGCCACAUCUUACAAGUUCAAGUUGUACAAAAGAGAAAUUAUAUAUCAAAGUAAACGAAGGUUACUGUAAAAUAAUAAUAAAUAUACGUAUGAGGCAAUAGAGAAGGUUAAAUAAUAAUGGAGUGCAUAUAUUAAGAUGAGAUCACUUUAAGUAUACUGUACACAGGAAUGCGAAAGAUAUUUAAUGGUUGAACUUAUGAUAAACAAUUUAUCCUAACAAGAAGUUCUUGUAUUUUUUAUAUGUAAAUUUAUUGACACAGAUAUGGGUCUAAUGGAUGGUAAAUGUAUGGUGUUAUAUGACUAAAAUCCUUAUAAUAUGAAAAUUAUUGUAUUUUAAUGGGAAAGUCUAUAAACAUGCCCUGCAACUGUUAAAAGUGAAAAAACAAUUUGGAGAAUGAAAUGUCAGAUCUUCUCAGCAAAGGUGUGCAUAAAGUUGCAACCCUAGCUCUUGACUAAUAUCAAGCAAGCACAUAACAUGUGCCACCAAUCGGAUCCCAUUUAUUGACAUAUAUGGUAGUCACUUUGCAGCAAGUCUGCUAUCAUAUGGACUGAUGAAUUAAAAUCAAAAGGACACACAGGAAAUAGUUUCUGUUCCUUAAGAUAAUGUUUAUUAUGUUGAUCACAGACUGAUACUUGAUUCUGUAUUCCAUGGAGAUUUUAUGAUAGACGAUUAUGCUUUAACAAAUACAUUAUUUAUUCACAUCACCAGUGAGAAAAAUGUUACCAAUAAAUUGGUGUCUUCCCUAUAUGAUUGCAAUUAUUUGGACAUCGGGAAUCAUGCACAAGAACUGUUGGUUGGCUAAGGAACAAACCUAACAUAAUUCCAAAUGUUAACAUGUUACCAAAUAUUGUUACAUUUCUGUGAUAAAAAAAAAGAGAAGUGAUAGUAUCUUGAAAAUGUUAACUACUCUAUGAUAAAUGACAGUGUCUGUUUUCAUUUAAUGUAACAAAAAAAAGUUUUGAAUGUAGAUACAAUAUCAAUCAUAUUCCUUUGGACAUACACUAUACGCCACACUUGUACAAAUUGUUUUAUUCUCGUUCAGUGUAUAUACAGGUUGAUACAAACCUAAUGAAUACAGUUUGACCUUUAAAAUAGUUAUAAGAUUUCAUAUUACAGCUAUCAAUAUAUAUUUAAAAAAUAAUGUACAAUCAUUCUCAUAGUUUAUCUUCUCAGUCUUAACAUUGUGUAUAGGAUUUCAUUUUUUUAUUUUGUGUUCUGGGACAUCUAUCUAGUUCUUUCUAAUUGUGUAUGCCACAGUAGUUUAUAUAAUGUCAUAUCUAACUGUACAUGCCACAUUAGUUCAUAUAAUGUUAAUAUUUAACGUAUGACAAAGUUGGUCUCAUAUACUUGACCAAACAAUUGGUAAAAUGACAUCCGUAAACUAAUGGUUCAUCCUAGGGAUUCGAAUAGAUUUUCAUGAAUUCUAGGUAAGUGUUGAUGCACUGUUAUUACACAAACAUUUUAUAAUAUCAUCAUUAAUGUAUUUUAAAUUUGUUACCUUCCAUUGGGAUUAACAUUAAGUACAGAUUGAACCUUGCUUUAACCUUAUUUGCAGAUAUAUAAUGCACAUUUGUUUGUCUUUUAUUCACAAUAUGUAUUGCUAGACAGAUUAAAUUAAUUUACAAAAUCCAAACCAUUAUAGCUACAGGGAUUUCAGUCCUUUUGUUUCAUAUCUGUUUUGUCAUUGGACAUGUGUAAUACAAUUUCACUUAAAACAUUAUCAUCAUGUUGCAGAAGUAACAGAUACUUCAGAUUUUAAAAUGAUCAGUUCUGGAUUAUUCACCCAUCUACAGCAGGCUUAGAGCUGGCUUGACAAAGUACUGUGCCAUAAUAAAUAUUAUGUAUUUUUGUUGUUGUAGAAGCCUUCACUCCUACUCCCAGCAAACUUCAGAGAGCAUUGCUGUUCAUCAUUGUUUGCAACACUAUUAUUGCA